UCAAAACCAGUGAUAGUGGUUUUUGGUGAUGUGUUCCCGUCUGCGUUACUACUAUAUUACACUAAUAGUUAUUAGCGUUAUUACCCUCAUUACAGUGAAACGUCAAACGAAUGACGACGUCGGCGAUCGUUCGAUACGAAUAUCAUACUGCGAUGCCAUUCUGAACUGGCGGUGACUGCAACUUAUUACUUACCGAUCGCUCUAUAGACGUCCGUCGCGCAUAUACGCAUAUACAUGACAUUGGCGGUACUUUGCCGUCGCGUUCAACCGUCACCUCCGGACACUGGCCAAGACGAUCCAGAGCUGUUAUGAUAGUGCUGUUUGUGCGCAGGUAGACCAGGAAAGUUUUUUGCUCUCUUUCUCAAUUCUCCGAGUCGUUCCGCCAUAAUGUUUCGCAGCAAGUUCCGUCUGCAUACUUGCAAGAUAAUCAUUGCCACGUCGCUGCUGUGGAUCUUCAUUGACAUUAUGGUGCUCAUGUACUACACCGAAUGCAUUGGUCCAAACUGCAAGACGAAGAGCAACUCUGUCGGAAAUUCCGACGGCAGCGUCGAUGAUCUGUUUGACGCCACCCCAGCACCACGAAUGGGAUGGGGACCUGUGCAGGACAACAUGCUUAAUCGUUUCAAGCACAGUGGCGAUCAUAACGACGACACCACAUAUCCUAGUCACCUGUUGAAGCGUUGGCAGCCAAUGCCUCCAGUACGUGAAAAGCGUGGUAAACACGGCGAAGGAGGACGAGGCGUCACUAUGAAACCUGAACAAGAAGCCAUCAUGAAACAAAAAUUCAAAGAGAAUCAAUUUAACAUAAUAGCUAGCGAUAUGAUCUCACUAAAUCGAUCUUUACAAGACAUAAGACAAGGAGAAUGCAAAACUAAACAAUAUCCCACAUUGAUGCCCACUACUUCAAUAGUAAUUGUGUUUCACAAUGAAGCAUGGUCCACUCUUUUGAGGACUGUAUGGAGUGUCAUCAACCGAUCACCUCGAUCCCUCUUAAAAGAAAUUUUGUUGGUAGAUGAUGCUAGUGAAAGAGAUUUUCUGGGGAAAAAAUUGGAAGACUAUGUUGCCACUCUUCCCGUAGAAACUAAAGUACUAAGAACAGAAAAACGUUCUGGUCUGAUAAGAGCUCGAUUACUUGGGGCAAAACAUGUUACAGGCCAAGUGAUAACAUUUUUGGAUGCACAUUGUGAAUGUGCUGAUGGUUGGCUUGAACCACUUCUAGCCAGAAUUGUACUAAACAGAAAAACUGUCGUGUGUCCAGUAAUUGAUGUUAUAUCAGACGAUACAUUUGAAUAUGUUACCGCAUCUGAUAUGACCUGGGGUGGAUUCAAUUGGAAACUAAAUUUUAGAUGGUACCGAGUUCCUCAAAGAGAAAUGACACGACGUAAUCAAGAUCGUACAGCACCAUUAAGAACUCCUACAAUGGCUGGUGGAUUAUUUUCUAUUGAUAAAGAUUAUUUUUAUGAAUUAGGCUCAUACGAUGAGGGAAUGGAUAUAUGGGGUGGUGAGAAUCUAGAAAUGUCAUUCAGAAUUUGGAUGUGUGGCGGCAUUUUGGAAAUUUCGCCGUGCUCACAUGUUGGUCAUGUUUUUCGCAAAUCCACACCUUACACUUUCCCCGGUGGCACGUCACAUAUAGUCAACCACAACAAUGCUCGCCUCGCCGAGGUUUGGAUGGAUGAGUGGAAACAUUUUUACUACGCCAUAAACCCAGGUGCAUCUAAUGUUGAAGUUGGAGAUGUUUCUGAACGUUUGGCUUUAAGAGAAAAGUUAAAGUGCAAGUCUUUCCGUUGGUACUUGGAAAAUAUUUAUCCUGAAUCACAAAUGCCACUGGAUUACUAUUAUCUAGGGGAGAUAAAAAAUGUUGACUCCCAACAAUGUCUUGAUACAAUGUCACGAAAAAGCGGUGAAAAAGUUGGCAUGAGUUAUUGUCAUGGUCUUGGUGGCAAUCAAGUUUUUGCAUAUACUAAACGGUCACAAAUUAUGUCUGAUGAUAAUUGUUUAGAUGCUUCCAACAUUGUCGGACCAGUUAGUCUAAUCAGAUGCCAUGGUCUUGAGGGCAACCAAGCCUGGGUUUAUGAUUCAAAGGAAAUGACAAUAAAACAUAAAACUACAGAUCAAUGUUUGGAGCAUUCAAUGUCUGCUGAUCAGUAUGCUGCCAUAUUAAAUGAAUGUGAUGGUUCACGUAGCCAACAAUGGACAAUGAAGAGUAAUUUUCACUGGCAAGCUAGCUCAAGAUAACGUAAUCUAAUUUUUUACUCUUUAUUUUAAUCAUGUGUUAUUUGUUUAUGUAUUCAUAUAUACAUUUUGGGGAUCAAAAUAUUUACUUAUAAGUUCUUAUGAACAAAAAAAUCUACUUAAAUAAAAAUAAAAAAAACCUUAUUUACCACCGAACAAAUCAGAAUCAUAAGUAAUAAAAUCCAUGACAAUUUGAAAAUACUUAUAAAAGAAUCUUAAGAAUUUCUAUUUUGAGACAUUUCAUCCUUGCCCAAAACAUUACACUUUUUAUAAUAAGCACUAAUAUAAUAACACGAUGAAAGGAUUCAGUGAAAACACUUGUGAUAUUUACAUAUUAUAAUAUAAGUUAUACUUAAUAUUAUAUUUUGUAUGAUAAAAAAUUUAUAAAAUAAUUUUCCUCCCUUAUAAAAAUAAUAAUAUAAUCUAUGAUUUAAAUUUGAAAUACAUAAUAUAUUAUGUAUCUAUUACAUAUAUCUGCUUUUCUUUUUUUAUACAAACAAAUUCAAUAUAGUCAUUAAACGCUCAAAGUUAUAUCCCAUAUGGAGUUGUGAAUGUAAUAUAUUAAGUUUGGUACACUUAUAUGAUGCUAUUAAUAUUGUAUGGUUUAUUAUGUAUAUUAACAUGUGAUAAGAUGGACACUAACACUAUAUAAAAAAAAAAUCGUCAUUAGUCUAUACUAUUUAUAGUCAAUAAAACAAUUUUCACUUGUUGUAUUCAUACUUUUAAUUCAAAUGGUUCACUUCUUAAGAGAGGUGUGUAUAUACAAUAUAAUAAAUAAAUACUUGCUUAUAGGAUAUAAUGAGCUUCAUUUUAAAUUUAAAACUGAUGACUGAUCUAGUUAUUUUAUUAUGUGUCUAAUGAAAUAAGGAAAAACUUUUUUUUUAUUAUAUGAAAUAUUAAUUUCUUAGUUGUUUUUUAGAUAAUAAUAUAUAUAUUUUUUAGACUAUUAAAAUUCCAUUUUUAGUUAUUAAACAAGUGUAUGGGGGUUAGAAAAUCGGUUAUACUUAAAUAAUUUGCAUAAUUUCAACAAUCUUUUUUUAUUUUAAUUUUAACAAAAAUCCUUUCUAAGAAAGUGUCUUAUGUGUUACUUUUAUUUUUUUUAAAUAUAUAUCUUUGAUCUUUAAUCUUAAUUUAUCUAAUAAGCAUUUAUUUUUAUACUGAUUAAAUUUGUGUCACUGAAUUACCAUAUCGAAUGAUCAAUUUUAAAUGUUUGUAAAAUGUUUUGCAAUCAUUUGUAAAAUUAAUAAUUCAAUUCUAAAUCACUUGUUCAUUUCCAAUGCACUAUUAAAUUUCGGUUUAAAUAUGUUUAAAAAAAAAGACUAAUCAAAAAUAUAGACAAAGAAAGUAAAAAAAUGUAUUGAAAAAAUCUACUUAGACCUCUAUUUUACAAGAACUUUGAUGAAUGAAAUAACUAUUUCUUAGAAAUGAUUGAUAAUUUAUCAUGAAAUAACGUAAAAUAUUAUUUACGGUUUAUUAUAACCUUGUUUUAAGAUUUUGAUAGAUUUAUUAUGUAUAUUAUGCAAUUAGUUAAUCUUCCAAGUCAUAUUAUGUUUUAUUUUUAUGUUCAAUGUUUUUUUUAUAUAUAUAUAUGUUUGGCAUCCCUUGGUGAUUGUAAAUAUGUAUUGUGUAUAUUUUAUGAUUGAAUGUUACUUGUUUAAAUCAGUAAAUAAUAUUAACUAUUGUUAUUGAUACAAUCAAAAACAUUGUCAUGUAAUUAAUAUCACAAACAUACCAAGAGAUGUCGACCAAAACAAUAUGUUUAUUUUUUGAUUAUUAUUUUAUUUUUACCAUUUACGUAUUUGUUUUCACAAUACGUUUCCACAUUCAUAAAAUGUGAUAAUAUUAUUUUAUUUUACCAACCAUUAACAUUAUGUGCAAUCAGAUAUUAUACAGACAAUGUCAAAGUAUGUUGUGUAUUAUUUUUUUUAUAUGCCUUUUUUUUCGUUUAUGGAUAUUUUAAUAUUAUUUUUAUGUGUUGUUUAUUAUUUAUAUUAGCUUAUAUUUUGUACACAAGAAAACAAAUCAAAUCGCAUCAGAGCCUUUGGUGCAACUUUAUAUUAUUAUCAAUAAUUAGUUGUUUUAAGUAGGUAGUUAAAUCAUCAGUAUUUUAAUUUUUUUUUUUUGUUAAAUGUGAUAAAAUUUUGUUUAUCUAAAAUUAAAUUUUGUAUUUAAAAGAUUA